GUCAACAUAUAAGACACCUCCACCCUCUCCAAUAGUGGACUGUCUCUUCAGCCUUACACUCCUCAACUGCAUCGUUCUUUCUCUCUUUUACGCACAUAAUGGCUACCCUCCACCCCUUCGACCCCAUUACCCCGGGGGAGAUCACCCUGGCCACCAAGAUCCUGCAGGCUGCCUUCCCCGGCGUUAAGCUACGCUAUAAGAAGAUCGACCUGCAGGAACCCAUUAAGGCCGAAGUCGUUCCAUAUAUCGAGGCUGAACGUCUCGGCAAGCCAUUGCCCAGCAAGCCAACCCGGUUACUGCAGGUGCUGUUCCACCGCAUGGACACGGGUGCCUUCUUUAAAGGGCUGCUGAAUGCCGACUCGAAGAGUGUUGUGUACGCGAAGGAGUUGCCGAGGGAGAUCCAGGGCCCCGUCGACACCGAUGAACUCAUCGAGAUCGAACAGCUCUGCCUCAGCCACCCGGCCGUCAAAAAGGAGAUCGCUAAGCUUAAGCUUCCACCUGGUGUGACUGUCUGCAACGAUCCGUGGAUCUACGGGUGCGAUGACCCUAAUGAGACCCGCCGGCUGUUCCAGUGCUACAUGUAUAUUGUCUCCACGGACCACCCGCAGAACAACCACUACUCUGUUCCUUGCAAGUUUUCGCCCGUAUUUGACGGGCUGACGCGUGAGCUCGUGCGCAUGGAUUACCUUCCUGCUACUACUGACGCUAGCACGGAUUCUGAGACGAAGCCGUGGAAACCCGUCGAGACGAUUCAGUACGCGCAUGACUUGCUGACCGAGCAGCUCAGGCGCGACUUAAAACCGUACAUUGUAACCCAGCCACAAGGCCCGUCAUUCACCGUAGCCGGCAAUGAAGUCUCCUGGCAAAAGUGGCGGUUCCGGGUCGGGUUCAAUAGCCGUGAGGGGCUUGUCAUCCAUAAUAUCACAUAUGACAGCCGGAACGUGUUCUACCGGCUCUCCAUGUCAGAGAUGACGGUCCCAUAUGGAGACCCCCGCGCCCCCUUCCACCGCAAGCAAGCCUUCGACGUUGGCGACGUCGGAUUCGGCAUCACUGCCAACCAGCUCUCGCUGGGCUGCGAUUGCCUCGGCCACAUCAAGUACUUUGAUGGGUACCGCUGCGACUCAAGGGGUGAGCCCGUCCACCUCGAGAACGUGAUCUGCCUGCACGAGCAAGACGCCGGCCUCCAGCACAAACAUACCAACUACCGCUCUGGCGCUGCGACUGCCGUCCGGAACCGCCAGCUGGUGGUGCAGAUGAUCUGCACUGUGUCCAACUACGAGUACAUCUUCGCUUAUAUCUUCGACCAAGCGGCAAAUAUCGAGCUGGAGGUGCGGGCAACCGGCAUCCUUAGUACGGUGCCUUUUGACAACGAGAAAUUUGGCACGACUGUCCCCUGGGGCACGAACGUCGGGCCAGGCGUCAUGGCCCCCUUCCACCAGCAUAUGUUUAGUUUCCGGAUCGACCCUGCGAUUGACGGGCACAAGAAUACGGUCAUUUAUCAAGACUCCGUGCCCAUGGCUGAAGACUCCAACAACCCGUAUCUAGUGGGCUACACGACCAACGAGACAGUCGUCAAGACGAGCAGUUCCGCCGAAACAAGCGUGGAGAAACACCGUGUUUUCAAGAUCAGAAACGACUCGCAGAUCAAUCCCAUAACCUACAAGCCAGUCAGCUACAAGCUCAUGGCCGCACCAUCGCAGAUGCUCCUUGCAAACCCGAAAUCAUUCGGCCAUGCGCGCGCUGUCUUUGCGACAAAACCGAUCUGGGUGACAAAGUACCGCGACGGGGAGCUCUUUGCUGGUGGCGAGUUCACGAACCAGAGCAAGAAGAGUGAGGGUGUUGAGGGUUGGGUUGCCCGCAAUGAGAAUGUGGAGGAUGAGGAUCUGGUGCUCUGGCACACUUUCGGUCUGACGCAUAACCCUCGCAUUGAGGAUUUCCCUGUUAUGCCCGUCGAACGAGUCAGUGUGAUGUUGAAGCCUGAUGGGUUCUUCACAAAGAAUCCGGCGCUAGACGUGCCGCAAUCCAGUCAGGCGUUUAACCAAUCGACGUUACAUCCGGAGGCAAAGGCGUGCUGUUCAACUGGUGGUGUUAAGUUGUGAUUUAUACCGGUACAAGGCCGUUUUACUAUUUGAUGAUUGACGACGCAGAUUCAAUGGCAACGGAUCAUAGAGAAACA